AUGUCGUCUGGAUUCUCGCUUGCCCUACGAGAUGCCACCCAGGCUGACCGCGUCCUGCAGCAAGUUGCUAAGUUUGUUCAGUCUGGCUGGCCUGACCACAGCAAGGACGUCCCUGCUGACUUCCUCCCAUACUUUGCCGCCCGCCAGCAUCUCUCUGUUGCCAACGGUCGUAUCUUCUAUGGUGCACGUGUGGCUGUGCCUGCAUCUCUGCGUGAUAUGGUCAUCCGCAAGUUGCACACGUCUGCUCAUCACGGUAUCGUCAAGUGCCAGGCGCAGGCCCGCCAAUCUGUCUGGUGGCCGUCCUGGAAGAAUGACGUCGCUUCCGCUGUUACGCAAUGUCGCACAUGCUGUCAGCACCGUAGCCAACCUCCUGAACCUCUCCGACCGACUGAGUUUCCUUCACUCCCGUGGCAGCGAGUUGGUUCUGACCUGUGUCAAUUCGGUAACACAACAUACCUGGUAGUUGUCGACUACUACUCGCGCUAUGUUGAAGCCUUGCCUCUCCGUUCCACCACGUCUGCCUCUGUCAUCACUGCUAUGAAAGCCAUCUUCGCCUGGCACGGUGUGCCUGAGACUCUCAUCACGGACAAUGGGCCGCAGUAUGCAAGUGAUGAGUUCGCCCGGUUUAGCUGUCAAUGGAACUUUGAUCACGUGACGAGCUCUCCGCAUCACCCGCAAAGCAAUGGGGAAGCAGAGCGUGCAGUGCGCACUAUCAAGCAGCUUCUAGCGAAGUCGGACGAUUUCCAACUGGCUCUCCUCACCUACCGUAGUACGCCACUUCAGAGCGGGUUCUCGCCAUCACAGUUACUGAUGUGCCGCAGCCUCCGUGGUACGCUACCGGUGGAACCCUCCACUCUCCUGCCGACGCUCCCUGCAGGUAAGAAGCUGAGGGAGUGGGAGCAACAUCGUCGAGCACAGUCAAAGGAUAACUUUGAUACACGUCACCGGACCAAGCCUCUCCAGCCACUGCAACCUGGUGAUAGCGUGUGGAUUGCAGAUCAGCAGAGAGAAGGGACUGUUAAGUCAUCGCUGUCUGAUCGGUCUCUGCUGAUUGCAGUACCCAGCGGCACGAUCCGUCACAACCGGCAUCAGUUUCCUGCCCGCUAG